AUGGCUGCUGCUCCUCACCCGGGCGGUGCGCCCGGACCAGGUCCCCCUCAGCCUAUAGUGCUCCCUCAUGGUGCAGCGCCCGCAGCGCCCGCUCCUUCUCGAAGGCAUCUCAUCUUCUGUGAUGGGACUGGUGAAAAUGCAGCGGACGUAGGACCAUCAAGUAAUCUGGCGAGGCUGGCCCUUUCUAUUGGGGCACAAGGCUUGGAUGGAAAACAACAGAUUUGUUAUUAUCAGCAAGGGCUAGGCACAGGUACCAACAAUAUCAAGGGUAUAGCAAACCGUAUCUUCGAAUUGGGGCUCGGGCAAGCGCCCCAACGAUCCGUGCCAGCCAGUCCUCCACCACCACCAAGGUACCAACCGGGCGAUACGCUGUGUUUCUUUGGAUUUUCGAGGGGUGCAGCAACCGCACGCGCUGCCGCUGAUUUUAUUGCAACCGUUGGGCUUCUACAGGGUCCAGCAGACCCAAAAUUGGUGAGCGCUCUCUACGGGGAAUGGCUUAAAGUAUCCAGCGACAACUAUAAGCCACCUACUGCACCAGAGCUUAGAACAACUCGAGCCGAGAUCGAAUGUGUGGGUGUUUUCGACACGGUCCAAGGUCUUGGAGUACCGAAACCCGUACAAGAGAGCCUGCGCUCGGGAGUGCCUCCUACAGUGAAUCCCCUGGCGAGAAAGGCUCACCUGCUGCACAAAAGCAUCCCAUAUGGAUUUCAAGCACUUGCGCUGCAUGAAAUGCGCGACGCUUUUACUCCAGAGGUUUGGAGUUCGAAGUCGGCACCUGCCCAGAGAUUGCAACAGACUUGGUUUGCUGGGAAACAUUCAGACGUCGGCGGUGCGAUUGUCGAAGGAAAACCGAAUUCUGGUCUCGCAAAUGUAGCUCUAAGAUGGAUGGCAGCACUUUUGACCAACAUCCACAUCGGCAUCGCUGUGAAAAACGCGGAUCUGAACAAGAACUUGGAAAUUCUCCUAGGAGAGGCCGGGCAGGGACAAGCUCGAAUCCAGGGCACUACCUCUGCAACCCUGACGGGAGGACAGACACCAAGAACACCGGGAAGGUAUGCAAAGGGUAUCGAAGAGGUCCACGUCUCGGUUCGAAACACGGGGUUACUGAAUAUCGAAAGCAUGCCCUCCGAACCUGCCCUUGAACAGCUCAUUGGGGUUGCCGAACACGGGCCCAACGGGAACUUUGUAUGGGUAAAUAAAACUGCGCCCAGCACACGAGUAAAUGCGCAAGCAGAUGCACCGCCAGAGGAAAUCAUAAUGGAGGAAGAUCCGACUAUUGCGCCCCAAGAAGGGAGUGCCGGAAACCAGACGCAAACUGCACCAGUGCAUCCGCUACCCAGCAGCUCAAAUCCGGCUGGUUCGGUACCUCGACCAAUUCGACGAUGA